AUGCGCAAAAAUACUGUGCAAGCUCAGCAGUGGCUUGAAAAAUGUUAUCCAUACACUGCUCCAUCGAAAACAACCAUUUGCCGUUGGUAUGCUGAUUUUAAGCAUGGUCGCACGGAUACAAAUGAUGUGGCACUCUCGGGUAGGUCAAAUGAAGCAGUCGCUGCGGAAAAUGUGAAACAAGUGCUGAAAAUCGUGAUGAAUGACCGCAAAGUUCCUGAGAUUGCUGAGAUGGUAAACAUAUCAACUGGAAGCGCAUAUAUGAAUUUGCAUGAAACAUUGAGAAUGAAAAAUGUGUUUCCCAAAUGGGUGCCGCAUGUGAUCACAAUGGAACAAAAGCAACAACAAGUCGAUGAUUCACAGAGCUUUGUCACUGUUUACGCAAUAAACAGGAUUUCUGCGUCGAUAUGA